UUAGUUUAGUUUGAAGCCAAAAUUUUAUCCUACAAUUCCAGCGACAAGUAAUCUGGAAGUACACAAUAAAAGAAGUUUAUUAAUGAAAAGAAUUAACAACCAACCCACCCACACACACACUCUUUAUCUCUCCACUCUAGCUACAAAGCGUAAAGGGGGAACACAACAUGGGGGGGGGGUGCUACGUCAUCUACCAGAAAAAGAAAAGAUUUAUUUAAUGUUUACUAGAAUCGUCGACGGAUCUAAUAGCCUCCUUCUCCAGAUCUCCAUUUUAGGGGUUGCCAAAUCUCUGUCACACUCACACCUUCCCCUUACUUCAUUAAAAAAGCAACAAUGUCGUCUCCCUCUCGUUGACUUCACCUCCAGACUCUUCACAAUGGACUCCUCGUCAAGCUCACUAGUCACGAUUACAGAUUCGAUUUAACAUCUAGAGAUCCAGAUGAAACGAUCCGUCCGACCUCUCUUCAGCGCCGUCCUCUUCUGCUUCCUCGCCGCGACGCUCAUCUGCAGAGUCGCGAUUCGGCGGAGAAGCUUCUCCUUCAGCUCGGCGAUAGCCGAGCUCGGCAGCACCUCCGGAUUCAUGACGGCGGAGGAGGUCGCGUUCAACGAGACGCUGCUCGAGUUCGCCGCCGUCGAUCCCGGCGAGCCGAAGUUCAACCAGGAGGUGGAUCUGAUCUCCGAUUACGACAACACGCGGAGAAGCCACCGCCGCUACUUCAGCUCCAUGGCGACGCCGAUCGGAGGAAAAAGGAGGAGCAGAAGAUACGUUCCGUCCAAGUUUCCGGUAACGAAUCUUCGCUCCUCCCUUCAGGUCUCUCGUUACUGGUCAGAGUUCAAGAGGAACCUAAGGCUCUGGACUCGCACCAGAAAGGCUUACGAGCCUCGCAUCAUACUAGAUUUGAUUAGACUUAUCAAGAAUCCGAUCGAUUCUCGCCAAAACGGCGCCGUUUCCGUUUCUAGAUACUCGUCUUGUGCGGUUGUUGGUAACAGCGGCACGUUGCUGACUAGCCAAUACGGUGACGUCAUCGAUAAACACGAGAUAGUGAUUCGUCUCAACAACGCUAAAACGCAGAGUUUCGAGAAAAAGGUGGGAUCGAAAACGAGCGUAUCGUUCAUAAACAGUAACAUUCUCCACCAAUGCGCGAGGAGAGAGCGUUGCCAUUGCCAUCCUUAUGGAGAUUCGGUACCUAUAGUAAUGUACAUUUGCCAGCCGAUUCAUGUGUUGGACUACACCGUUUGCAAGCCCUCUCACAAAGCUCCUCUGGUCAUCACGGACCCGAGAUUCGACGUCCUGUGCGCUAGGAUCGUGAAGUAUUACUCCGUCAAGAAGUUCUUGGAAGAGAAGAGAGCCGAAGGGUUUGGAGAUUGGAGUAAAGGUCACGAAGGGUCGUUGUUUCAUUACUCGUCUGGUAUGCAGGCGGUGAUGCUUGCGGUGGGGGUUUGUGAGAGAGUUAGCCUUUUCGGGUUUGGGAAGUUGAAUUUGACCAAGCAUCAUUACCAUACGAAUCAGAAAGCAGAGCUGAAGCUUCAUGACUAUGAAGCGGAGUACAGAUUGUAUCACGACCUGGAGAACAAUCCCAGGGCGGUUCCGUUCUUGCCGAAAGCGUUCAAGAUCCCUUCGGUAAAAGUUUACCAUUGAGUAUAUUGUCAGAAAAGAAGUUUUGUCAGAAAAGUUUGUUUCUUCAAGCGAAGAAGCUUCUGCUCUGCUCUGUCAUUUUGUGUAAGUACCAAAGAUUUUGCUUUAGAUCAGGCAGUUGCGAGCAAAGGGUGAGAGUGUUUUAUACAAUUUCGAUUUGUCAUGUGUCAUGUCACACAUAUUUGAUGAAAAUGUAUGGUAAAUUUAGACGAUAUUCUUACAUGAUGUCAAUCUAAAGCCGAAGGCUGAUGAUGUGUUCUCUUA